AUGGAUAAGAAACUUGGAUCCACGGGGAAAGUAACUUCGAAGAUAAAUGUAAAGAAUGAUAAAUUAGCGGAAAUGGCAGCCAAAAUUGAUGAAACUGAUGAAAUGAAACUUAAAAUGUUGGCUGGACUGGAUAAACCGGAUCCUGAUGAUGUGUUAUAUCCACCUGAGCUUAAUGCACAUUUAAUUGAACAGCUGAAGGUAAUGACUGGAGAAAAUAAUGAAUUGCGUAAAUGCGUAUUUACUAAGGAUGAAGAAAUAAAACAACUUAACAAAACUAUUUCUGAUCUUAAUCAACGAAUACGCGAUAUAAUAUCUGGCUCGGGGCCGGCGAUUUCUUCAAAGUCAGCUGGUAUUAUAAGUGCAAAAAUAACAGAACUAUGCAAACAAAAUCGACAUCUGGUAGCCGAAGUCGAAAGCUAUAAAACUAAGAAUGCCACGUUAGAGAGGAAACUCGUCCAAUUAGACAUUAUUAAUAAAGAAAAUGCUAAAUUAGACACCUGUCUCUGUAAAGACGAACCUAUUGAUGCCAGUCCUGAUGAACUAAAAGAGCUAAAUAAUAAACUUGCUGUUGUUAAUAAAAAAUUGUAUGAUAGCAAAAAUAGAAAUCUUGAACUGAAAAAUGAUAUAUUGAUAGCAACUAAAAUAUUGCAACAAGAACUCGGAGACAAAUUUACGAGUAUAAAGGAUCUGCAAAAUGAACUAGCUGGGUGGAAGGGUAGAGCGCAACAAAUCGUUUUGUUGCAAUCAAGAAUUAAUGUACUGGAAGAGAAAUUAAAUGGAAAACAAAAAGAUCUUAUUGAGAUUAAAAAACAUGAUCAAGCACAGAUAAUACGAGAAAUAGAGAUGAAAAGGAAGAAAGAAAUAGACAAAGCUAUGGCAAGUCUUCAAUCAUUAAGAGAGGAAAAUUCCGAAUUAAAGAAAAAAUUGGAUGGGGCUAAAUGCAGAAUCAGAAAUUUAGAAUGUGAUGCUACACUUAUAAGACAAAAAAUGCAGACCCUUGUUGAAAAAAGCAACCACGAUGAUCUUCUUAUAAAUGAACAACGAAAUCAAAUAAAGAAUCUUGAAUUGUAUUAUCAAGAAAUUUUAAAAGAAAACACAGUGAAAAUGAAUAAAAUGCAUGGCGAAAUUGGUGAAUAUCAGAAACUAAUAAAAAACACCGACGCUAAAAUAGAUGCAUUAAGAGAGCAAGCUUCAGAAAAGGCCACAAAAAUAGAGGAACUCAGAGCUCAAUUACUUAGAUACGAGGAGUGUUCCCUACAAAGUGUAUUCUUCACUCCCAUGAAAACAGCUACAGACAACGAGAUAAAACAGCUGUCUGAUUUAGUUGUGAAAUUAAAUGAGAGGUUAGAUACAGAAAGGCACAAAUGGGAUGAGCUCGAUACAUUACAUAGAAAAACUAAAGAGAAGAAAAGAAAACUCGAAAAGAAACUGUCAAAUCUUGAAGAAGAAAUUAAGAAUUUAAGGGAAUCUAGGAGAGGUUCUCGGACAUCAAGGACUGCGCUAAUAAAGGAUCAAUUGAUUGAUUCGUUUGCUCAUGCUGUACCAUCUUUAAGUAAAAAACAAUCGUCUAUAGCCGCUAUCGCUGUAAAACCAAGUGAGACAACAUCCUCAGAAACACCUCAGAGUGAGGCUUACGAUAUUCUAGAUAAAGAUGAGCUCAAAUAUAAAUUAGAACUCGCUGAGGAAAAAUUAAAAAUAAUGGAAGACAAAUUAAAAAUGAUAGAAGAAGAAAAGCAGGAUGAUUAUAAUCAUUUAACGGAUAUGAUUCAAACCUCUAAGCAAUUAUUUAAUGAAGCUUUAGCAGUUUUGAAAAGAGACAAGUGUCAAUGUAUGUCAUAA